AUGAGCGAUGAGGAGAAGCGUCCCGCCGAUGUCGUCGGUGUGUCGGCUCUAGACGAGUCAGACACUGCGUCUGAUGGACGGAGCACCAAGAUUCCGAUGAGCAUGAAGAUCUUGUCUGUCAUCCUCGAGCUGCACAUCAACAAUGCGCAAUAUGCCACGCUGGAUGCCAGUGAAGACUUCAUCAAGACGGCCCUGAUCCUUGUCAGCGGUAUCAUCACAGAUCGAUUCGGUGGUGCAAGGACAAUGCUUUGGGGCAACGCCGUCUACAGCAUCGGAGCCAUUCUCAUCGCGGCGGCCACCCAGGUCCGCAGCUUCAAGUUCAUGAUUGCCGGCAGCGUCGUCCAGGCCCUCGGCGACGUCGCCACGCAAUGCGCCCAGUACAAGGUCUUUUCCUCCUGGUUCGCCCCGUCCAACGGCUUCGCUUCCACCCUCGGCUUCGAGCUGGGCCUCGGCAAGAUUGGCAGCUUCGUCGGCAAGGCGUCCGCCAAUGUCAUUGCGGAGAACACGGGCAACUUUAGCUGGGUGUACUGGUGCGCCGUCUUCAUCAACCUCUUCACCAACGUGGUGACGGUCGGCUUCUACUACUUCACCGAGUACUGCGAGCGGCGAUAUGCCGGCUCCAACGACCCGGCCACCGGCGAGAGGCUGACGGAGAAGAACAGCAAGUUUGAAAUCACAAAGAUGCUGCGGCUCCCUUGGCCGUUCUGGCUCGUGUCCCUCUUCUCCCUCUUCCAGACCUCCGUCGCCGGCGUCUUCUCCACCAAUGCGACUGAGUUUGCCGAGAAGCGCUUCAACAUCUCGGCCGUCACCGCAGGCUGGUACUCGGCCAUGUCUCAGUACCUCGGCUUCUUCCUGGUGCCCCUCCUUGGCAUCUUCAUUGAUGUCUUUGGUCAGCGAAACACCAUCAUGCUCGUCUGUGGUCUCGGUAUGCUGCUUUCCAUGUGCCUUGCCGCUUUCGGGCCUACAAUUGCAGGAACGGCAGCCAGCUUUGGCAUCUAUGCGUUUGCAUCUUCACUGGGCCCUACGGUCAUCAUCGAUAGCAUCCGCACCAGCAUGUGGUACCAGGAAGUCUUUGGGUCUGGCUACGCCAUCAAGAUUGCCAUCAACAACAGCAUGACCAUCAUCAUUGGCAUCGUGGCCGGCGUCAUCCAGGAUCACGACAACGACGGCUACGACCACGUCGUUAUCCUCUACGUCGUGCUGGCAGCAGGCUCUGUGGUUGUCGGCGCUUUGAUGUUUGCAAUGGGUUUCUUCAACCCUACGAUGGGCAGGCUGCAGUGGACGCGGAAGCAGAGAAUCAUCAGGGGCGAAAAGAUCAAUGCCCUCAAGGAGGAGUUUGAGGAGGGGAGGAACCGGGAGAAGCAGAAGAUGUUGAGUGUGACCUGUUUUGCUGCUAUGAUUGUUCUAUUGCUGGGGGCUUGGGCGACGUACUUUUGGGGAGCGGCUACAGGCCAUAACGAUUAA